AUGGAGCCGGGACACCAAGCUGGCUGGGCUCACAGCUCUGCCCUGUUUCCCCUGUCGCAGGUGGUGAAGCUGAAGGCAGUGUUCCCCCACGGCGCAGGCUUCGUGCUGGUGUUUGAGUACAUGCUGUCGGACCUGGCCGAGGUGAUCCGCAAUGCCCAGCAGCCCCUGACACAGGCCCAGGUGAAAGGCUACAUGCUCAUGCUGCUUCAAGGAGUGGCCUUCUGCCAUGCCAAUAACAUCAUGCACCGGGAUCUGAAACCAGCUAAUUUACUCAUCAGCUCUACGGGGCAGCUGAAGAUUGCGGAUUUCGGCCUCGCCAGGGUGUUCUCCAAUGACGCAGGCCGGCUCUACAGCCACCAGGUGGCCACCAGGUGGUACCGUGCCCCAGAGCUCCUGUAUGGUGCCCGGAAGUAUGACGAAGGGGUGGAUUUGUGGGCUGUGGGCUGCAUUUUUGCUGAGCUGCUGAACAACUCUCCCCUCUUCCCCGGGGAGAAUGACAUCGAACAGCUCUGCUGUGUGCUCCGGGUGCUGGGGACCCCGAGCCAGCACAUCUGGCCGGAGAUCACGGAGCUCCCUGACUACAACAAGAUCUCGUUCAAAGACAACCCACCCAUCCCGCUGGAGGAGGUGCUGCCCGACGCCCCCCCACAGGCCCUGCAGCUGCUCAAGCACUUUCUGGUCUACCCUUCCCGGGAGCGUGUGAAGGCAGCCCAGGCAUUGCUGCAUCCCUAUUUCUUCACCUCCCCGCUGCCCGCCCACCACUCAGAGCUCCCUGUUCCCCAGCGGGGGGACAGGACAGCCCGACAGGGACCCCAGCACCAGCGCGACUUCCACGUCAAGCGGCCCGUGGAGGAGUCUGUGGUGGACCCCGAAUGGGUGGCCCCUUAUGUGGUGUGACGUGAAGAUGGGACGUGGGGGCCUGUCCCCUCUAGGGGGCGCUGGUUCCCACCUAGCCCCAUAGCAGGGACUGGCUGACUCAGAGGGGUGGGAAAUGUGGCACCGGGCCAUUCCCCUCUAGGGGGCACUGGCUCCCACCCAGCCCCAGGGCAGGGACU